AUGAAGAACGUCUUGUCCAUCGCUCCCGCUAUGGCGCGAGGCCUCAAGACCCCCAGCUCGAGCACCAAGAAGCUCUGGGAUGGCAAGAAAUCUGCCGAGUAUCCCGUGCAUGUAAAGACGAUUGGGAGCUUGUCGCGUCAGCAGAUCCUCAAAGUGAUGGAGCUCGCCAAGAACAUGAAGGCUGACCCUCACGCCUACACCUCCGCCCUCAAGAACAGGACUCUCCUCGCGCUCUUUGAGAAGCCCUCCCUGAGAACCAGAGUGUCGCUGGAGACUGGCAUGACUCAGCUGGGAGGUCACUGCAUCUACUACGCGCUCGCUGACUCGCCGCUGGGAAAGAAAGAGUCUAUUCUUGACACAGCCAAGGUGGUGUCGAGGUAUGUAGAUGUGAUGACUGCUCGACUCAAGACAAGACAAGCGAUCGAAGAACUCGCUGAGAACGCCACCAUCCCUGUUGUGAAUGCUCUCGACGAUUAUGGUCAUCCGUGCCAGAUGCUCGCCGAUUUUCUCACCAUCAUCGAGCAUUAUGGCUCCUACGAGGGGAUGAAACUCGCCUUCGUUGGCGACUGCCAGAACAACAUGACGUACGACCUGAUGCGUCUGGGCUGCAUCAUGGGAUUCCACGUUACAGUUGCCGGGCCAGCAGACAAGGGAUUCAAUGUGGAGUGGAGUGUGGUGAAGGAGUGCGAGAAGCUGCUUGAGGAGAACAAGGGAGGAUCGUUCAAGAUCAGCAACAGCAAGGACGAGGCUGUCGCUGGCGCCAACAUCGUCUACUGCGACUCGUGGAUGAGCUACGGGAUCCCUCAAGAUGAGCGACAGGAGAGGUUCAAGGCCUUGAUGCCCUACCAGGUGACAGGAGAGACGAUGAAGUUGGCGGACAAGGGCGCGAUCUUCAUGAACUGUCUGCCUGCUGUGCGAGGAGAGGAGCAGACGGCUGAGGUGCUGGAUGGACCGCAAAGCGUCAUCUACGAUCAGGCGGAGAACCGACUUCACGCGCAGAAGGCGCUCCUCACUCUCCUCGUCAACGGCUUUGACUACAAGCUGUAA